AUGUCCCCUUCCUCCUCCUCCCCUUCCCACAUCAUCAUCCUCGGCGCAGGCGUCACAGGCCUGACCACCGCCUUGGAACUCGCCUCCCGCUGCGAGCACGCUCCUCCUCCCUCUUCUCCCCCUCCGAUGAAGAUUACGAUUCUGGCUAGGCAUGUACCCGGCGAUCGCGACGUCGCCUAUGCGUCGCCCUGGGCAGGCGCGAACUGGCUGAGCGGGGCGACGGAUGGAGGCCGCGCGGAGGGGUGGGAUGCUUGGACGUUUGGGAAGCUGGGGGCGUUAGCUGAUGAGGUGAAAGAGGCUGGGGUGCAGCGAAUGAAAAUCCAGGCUUUUUAUGAUAGCGCCGUGGAAGAGGCGGGGAUCCUGAGCCGGGGGACGGGGAAGGUUUGGUAUGAAGGGUUGACGGGGCUGAGGUGGAUGCGCAAGGAGGAGUUGAGAGAAGGCGCUGUCUUCGGCUACGAAUGCGAGAGUUUCGUCAUUAAUGUGCAGAUGUACUUGCCUUGGCUGCAAAACGAAUGCUUAAAGAAAGGCGUCGAGAUCCGCCGGAAAUCGGUCGAGUCCAUCUCAGACGUCUUCACUGACUACCCCGAAGCGAGAGCAGUAUUCAACUGCACAGGCCUCGGGUCCUACUCCCUCAAAGGCGUCGAAGACAAAUCCAUGUACCCUACCCGAGGCCAAAUCAUGCUCGUCGAAUCCCCCAAAGUUCCUCUCACAAGGAUGUAUUUCCGGUCGCCGCAGCGAGUCAACAGAGACACAACUUACGUUUUCCCGCGCAACCCUGGCGGAGGCGUGAUCCUCGGCGGCUGCAGAAUUGACAACGAGUGGGGUGCGGAUGUAGACUUAGCGUUCGCGGAGGACAUCAAGAGGAGGUGCUGCGAGCUUGCGCCGGAGCUAGGGCGGCCGGAGGAUUUGAAAGUCUUGCAGCAUGGGGUUGGGUUGCGACCGAGCAGGAAAGGAGGACCGAGGCUGGAGAGGGAGCUUAUCGGGGGAGGUGUAGUGAUUCACAAUUACGGUGCUGCCGGAGCCGGGUAUCAAGCCAGCUGGGGCAUGGCGAAGGAGGCGGUAGACUUGUUGCAGAAAGACUCGAAGCUGUAG